GAACGAGAGAUAAGCCUACCUUUAAUGGCCGACUGAUGAUUUGAUUGGAUAAAUGACGAGACUGGUGAUCAGAAUGAAGUUCAUGUAUUUUUAUGAAUAAGAAGGAACGAGAAGUCAAGAACGUGAGGAUUGGACAUCUGGGAAUAUUGCUGGCCCAUCAAGCAGAAAUCUCCCAGUUCUGCCUCUAGGACAAGACUCAUCCCAAUAAACAUCAAACUGUAGAAGAGUCACACCAUUUCACCACGUAGUGUGUUUCAGUUGGACAGACUGGACAGAGCGCAGCCGACACAGCGACGGUGUGAGUGGAGCAGAGAGAACCGAGGAUGGGGGGCGGAGGUCAGCAGACGGAGUCAAGCGAGCCGGCCAAGGGUGGCGGGGUUGGGCCCGAUGGAGGGCGAGGUGGCAGUGCAGUCUACACCUGGGAAGAGGUCCAGAAGCACUGCCACAGAAGCGACCAGUGGUUGGUCAUUGACAGGAAGGUCUAUAAUAUUACCCAGUGGGCGAAGAGACACCCGGGGGGCAUCAGGGUCAUCAGUCACUUUGCUGGAGAAGAUGCCACGGAUGCAUUUGUCGCAUUCCAUCCCGAUCCGAAUUUUGUCAGGAAGUUUCUGAAGCCGUUGCUGAUUGGAGAGCUGGCACCGACAGAGCCCAGCCAGGACCAUGGGAAAAACGCAGUAAUGGUGCAGGACUUCCAGGCCCUGCGUGACCGUGUGGAGAAGGAGGGUCUCCUCCGAGCCCGCCCCCUCUUCUUCAGCCUCUACCUGGGCCACAUCGUGUUACUAGAGGCCCUGGCUUUGGGCCUGCUCUGGGUCUGGGGGACCAGCUGGAGCCUCACACUGCUCUGUUCCCUCAUGCUGGCCACGUCUCAGUCCCAGGCUGGCUGGCUGCAGCAUGACUACGGCCACCUGUCAGUCUGCAAGACAUCCAGCUGGAAUCACGUACUGCACAAGUUUGUCAUUGGACACCUAAAGGGUGCCUCUGCUAACUGGUGGAACCAUCGUCACUUCCAGCACCACGCUAAGCCCAACGUGUUUAGUAAAGAUCCUGAUGUUAACUCACUGCAUGUCUUCGUCCUGGGAGACAAACAGCCUGUAGAGUAUGGUAUAAAGAAGUUGAAGUACAUGCCCUACCAUCACCAACACCAGUACUUCUUCCUCAUUGGACCUCCACUAGUUAUUCCAGUGUUUUUCACCAUCCAGAUAUUCCAGACCAUGUUUUCACAACGGAACUGGGUGGAUCUGGCGUGGGCGAUGACUUUCUACCUUCGCUUCUUCUGCUGUUACUAUCCCUUCUUUGGUUUCUUUGGCUCAGUAGCAUUGAUCAGCUUCGUCAGGUUUUUGGAAAGCCACUGGUUUGUAUGGGUGACCCAGAUGAAUCAUCUUCCUAUGGAGAUAGAUCAUGAGAGACACCAGGACUGGCUCACCAUGCAGUUGAGUGCUACUUGCAACAUUGAACAGUCAACCUUCAACGACUGGUUCAGUGGACACCUCAACUUUCAGAUUGAACACCAUCUGUUUCCUACCAUGCCCCGUCAUAACUACCACAUGGUGGCUCCUCUGGUUCGUGCUUUGUGUGAGAAACAUGGACUUCCCUAUCAGGUCAAGACUUUGCAGAAAGCCAUCAUUGAUGUUGUCGGGUCACUGAAGAAGUCAGGGGAUCUGUGGCUGGAUGCGUAUCUCCAUAAAUAAAUCCCUUCCUGACUCUGGACGGGAUUUAAUCCAUCGCAGAUUAACGACCUGCGAACAGAGAGAGUUUCCCCAGGGUUUACAACAAAAUCAGGGUUUAUAUUAGGGCUUUCAGAGUUAAUUAGUUAACUGAAGUUAACUUUUUAAAAUUUUAGUGCAUACAUUUUAUUUUUAUCGUGAUUAAUCGCAUUGUCUGAAAGUGUUGAAUACACUGAAAAUAUCCAAAAGACAUCAUGUAUACAACUAAAAUCUAUAAUGCCAUGUAAAAAUAAAUUGAGGUUAAAUAAAGUUUGCUUUCUCAGUUUACCUAAUUUUGCAAACAUAGAAAACUUUUUGGUAUGAAAAAUCUUAAAUUACAGCUCACGUUGAGCAAAUGAGCAAAUCCUGCUAUUUAACUCGAUUGAAAAAAAUGUAAUUGUUUGAUAGCCUUAGUUCAUGUACAUCAUUGGUAGGGCUUCUUUUUUUGUGGUGGUUUUCUUUUAUGGUAUUUCAAGCAUUAUCCACUGGGCUUGCUGCAGGCAGAAAAUCCUAGGGAAUGCUCUUUAAUUGACACAAGCUGUCUCCAAUCAAUCAUUCAAUGUCUGGUUGUAUGUGAGUGUUUUGGUGUGUGGGGGGUGGGGGGGGUGGUGGUGUCUCUUAAACUAGGGAGGCGCAGCGUAAGGGGAGGCGCAGCGUACGGAAUGUAAUCGCACUAAGCCUAUUAAUUUAGCAUGGACGACUAUUUGUAGAUCAGUGAUUUUUACACCUCACUUUGCUUAAACUGAUCCCCUCUAACAUACUCUGUACCUGAUCAUCGGAGGUUUAGAAAACAUUUGGUAUUAUUAACAACGAUUAGAACAGUUAAAAGGGAGAAGAUUAUGAAUUCAACAAGAAAAAAAAAAAAAGUAAAACCAUAAUAUAGUUUGAAAAAA